AUGGAUACCACGAAUAUAAUCAAUCUAUCAAAUGCAAAAUUAUCGAAUAAACACUUGGAAGUACUGUCCAAAGGACUGAAAUUUGUACCAACACCUUCUUCCCUCAACAUCAUUGAAGUAAUAGCCAAUACAGAAGAAUCCUUAUAUGCUGCAACAAAAAUCUUAAAAAAGGCUGCAAUUGCAGAAAUAAGUGAAUUUGCAACAAAGUGGAAGAAACCAUCAGAAAGCAAUAUUACAAAACAAGAAAAAAGACUGUUAAAAGAAGUCAAAAAUAAUAAUGACAUUAUUGUGGUACCAGCAGACAAAGGUGGCAAGACAGUUAUUAUGAACAAGGAUGAAUAUUUUGAAAAGGUAGAAGAAAAACUGAAGGAUAACAAAUUAUAUGAACAAGUGAAAGAUCCAACCAGUACAUUAAAAAAGGAAAUUAGUAGCUUAACAACCAAAUUGUUCAACAAAGGAAAAAUUACGGAAGCACAAAAAUGGACGUUUAAAUCAAACGAUAAUUUAGCAUCUAUAAGAGCACAACCAAAAAUACAUAAAGAUGGUAAUCCAAUGAGAAUCAUAACGUGCACCAGAUCUACCUUCCUAUCCAAUAUUUCAAGAUUCACAUUUAAUAUGAUUAAACAAUUGAGAGAAACAAUCGAUAACAACAUUAUGAAUACGGAUGAAUUUAUCACAAAAAUUAAUGCAGUUGAAUUAGAAGAAAACGACCGUCUGGUAAGUCUAGAUGUAACAGAUUUAUUUAAUAAUGUUCCCAUUAGUAAAGCGACUAAUAUUGUAUUUAAAAGAAUUAAAAAAUCAGAAAAAUUCCAACAAUCAAAAUUAAAGAAAAGCGAUCUUAAAGAGCUAUUGAUCUUAUGUUUGAAUAACAGCUAUUUCACAUUUAACAAUAAGUACUAUAAACAAAUCAAAGGAUUGCCAAUGGGUAGUGUUAUAUCACCGUUAUUAGCAGAUCUAUACAUGGACGAAUACAUAAAAGAAAAAUUACAUGAAAUAAAACACAAAUUAUUUAGGCAUGUAGAUGAUCUGUUUGUAAUCACGAAAAUGAAUAAGAACGAACUUGAAGUAUAUGUCGAUAAAUUAAAUUCAAAAAGAACAAGUAUAAAAUUCACUUCCGAGUACGAAAAAAACGGACAGUUGAAUUUCCUAGAUAUCACUGUAAGUAGAAACUCUCAAAAACACAAACUAGAAACAAGAUGGUUUCGGAAAGAAACCGCCAACGAUAGGUUUUUACAUUAUGAGUCAAACCGCCAUCAUUCCAUAAAACUAAACAUUAUAAAAAACAUGACACAACGAAUAAUUAACACAACUACGAAUCAUCAACAACAAAAAGAAGACCUGAGUAAGUUGAAAAAUAUGUUAAUAAAAUCGAAGUAUCCAAAACAAUUAAUUGAAAAAACCAUCCAAAAAUGUUUACAAAAGAGCAAUAAUAAAUCAAAUGAUAAUCAACAAGAUAAAAAAACCUAAAAUACAAACAAAAUUAAGUUUGUCACUGCCGUAUGUAAAAGGUAUAGAAGUUUUAAAGCGUAGAUUAGAAAAAAUCAGCAUUAAAUUAUAUUUCAAAUAUCCAUUAAAGUUGAACUCAUUAGCAACCUCUAAUCCAAAACCUCAAUCAAAAUCAAUUAUAUAUCAGAUCAACUGCAACUGUGGUGCAAUCUACAAUGGUGAAACCAAGGUGGGUCUUAAGGAUAGAAUGAAACAACACAAAACCAUUAUAAAAGCAAAUAAUAAAGAAUCUCCAUCAGAAAUGGUAAAGCAUCACAUCUCUAAUAAUGGACAUUGUAGAUUCGAUCCAAACGAUGCGUUUAUUCUUGAAAACGAAACUAAUUAUUGGAAACGACGGAAGAAGGAAGCUAUCUAUUCGAUCAUAAAUAACUCAAUCAACAAAUAUGAUUCAAUUGACAGAAGCUGGAACAAUAUAUUAUACAAAAAAGAAAAACAAAUCAAAGAAUUAAUCGAAAAUAAAAAACAACUAGGUAAGGGUAGGGCAAGACAGUAAUACUGGUACGGACGAUGAAAAAAGAAGAAUAAUCACGCACCAGUGUUACUGUCUUGUCCGUGCCAGUAUUAAAUGAAUAUAUAAGAAACAGAACAAUGAAGAAAAGGAAAAAAGGAAAAAGGUCAAACAGAUAUUGUAGUAUCAUUUAACAACAAACUCAACUCUGAUGAAGAACGUGUUAUGUUCGAAAUGUCAGUAAUAAAAAAACAUCGUCAUUUUUUAUUUUUAUUAAUUCAUUAUUCAUAUAUAUUGUUAUUUUAUCAUUAUUUUGUUAAUAAUUUAUUUAUAUUUACAUAUGUAUAUAUUAUAAAUAUAAUAUAUACAUAUAUAAAUAUUUAUAUAUGUAUAUAUUAUAUUUAUAUAUGUAUAUGUUAUAUUUAUAUAUGUAUAUGUUGUGGUCAAAAUUCAAAUUCAGUCAAAUUUAAAAUUUGCCCAGGCAGAAUUCAAAUUAGAAUUUUGUCCAACAAAAUCUCAGUCAAAAUUCUAAUUUCGAUUUUGACUGGAAAAAUUCUAAUUUCAAUUUUGACUAGACGAAAUCGAAAAUUCUUUUUGAU